CCCUCCCAGAGCCUCCGUUAGUGGGUGGGGAAAGAUGCUGCCAUAGGUCACUGAGGACACCAUCCGCGCUCUCAUUGGUCAAGACUGAGAAAAGAUCGCCCUCCCAUUCGCUGGAGGGCAAGCCCCGGAAAGCCCAUUGGCUGCGUUGUCCGCGGGCCUCCGUGAGCUCUGGGGGCGGGCCGAGGUGGCCGGAGGAGGGAGCGGGCGGGGGGCUCCCUGUUGCCCUGGUUACGCCGAGGCACGUGUGCAGUCCCGGAAGCGGCUCCGGGAAACUGCCCAGCGCGCGCAACCGGAGAAAUCGCCGCCGGGUCCGUUGGGGUCGGGUCCGGCUGGGCCAUGGAUCUGUUGCCUGAGCCCGCGCCCCGGCCUGGGCCCCGCUGUCUUCUGCUUCUCUCCCUGCUACUGUUGCUGCUGCUGCUACUGCCGGCCUCAGAGCUGGGCCCCGGCCAGGCGCACGCAGAGGAGACUGACUGGGUUCGACUCCCCAGCAAAUGCGAAGUGUGUAAAUACGUCGCCGUGGAGCUGAAGUCAGCUUUUGAGGAGACUGGCAAGACCAAAGAGGUGAUUGACACAGGCUAUGGCAUCCUGGAUCGGAAGGCUUCCGGAGUCAAGUACACCAAGUCGGACUUGCGGUUAAUCGAAGUCACUGAGACCAUCUGCAAGAGGCUCCUGGACUAUAGCCUGCACAAGGAGAGGACCGGCAGCAACCGGUUUGCCAAGGGCAUGUCGGAGACCUUUGAGACACUGCACAACCUGGUCCACAAAGGGGUCAAGGUGGUGAUGGAUAUCCCCUAUGAGCUGUGGAACGAGACCUCUGCAGAGGUGGCUGACCUCAAGAAGCAGUGCGACGUGCUGGUGGAAGAGUUUGAGGAGGUGAUCGAGGACUGGUACCGGCACCACCAGGAGGAAGACCUGACUCAGUUCCUCUGCGCCAAUCACGUGCUGAAGGGCAAGGACACCAGUUGCCUGGCAGAGCAGUGGUCCGGCAAGAAGGGGGACACAGCUGCCCUGGGAGGGAAGAAGUCUAAAAAGAAGAGCAGCAGGGUCAAGGCAUCAGGCGGCGGCAGCAAACAGAGGAAGGAGCUAGGUGGCCUGGAGGAAGACCCCAGCCCCGAUGAGGAUGAGGGCAUCCAGAAGGCAUCCCCUCUCACACACAGCCCCCCGGAUGAGCUUUGAGGCUAACCCAGUGCCCCCUGUACCGAGACCCCUGACCUGAAGCUGAGGAAUCUGGCACCCCGCUCUGGCCGGCAGACAGCUGUCCUGCUCCAGGUCCGCCCUGCCGGGCCGGCUUGCCACCAGGAAAGACACAGUGCGGGGAAGACCUCGCCGCCUCCCUCCGCCCAGCGGCUCUCCUGACCCCGGCUUCCGGCGGGCCGUGCGAUUUCCCGCCUGCUGAGGACUCUGGUGUGACCUCAGCAGGGGCAGGUGUGGGGCCCAUAGGGAGGGCACCCGGGCCUUCACCUCCCCUUACUCCUCCCCAGCGGGGAAGCAAGACUAUAGGCCAUCCCACCCCCGCUUACCUCCUCCUCUGGACACCUGGC